GCUUUCAACAAUUCCGCCCAUGGCCAUCUCCCGUUGACCAUGAACCUUCCCGAGCCGCAACCGACUACCGACUAUUAUGCAAUACUUGGGGUGGAGAGAUCGGCAACUCCCGACGAAAUAAAAAAGGCUUAUCGUCGACUGGCGCUCCGUUACCACCCAGAUAAAACCGGUCAGGAUCCGAAUGCCACUGAAGUCUUUCAAGGAAUUGUCAAAGCGUAUGAAGUGUUGAGUGACGAAAAAAAGAGAAAGAUUUAUGAUCAAUAUGGCGAAAAUGGCAUCAACGUGUUGUCGCAAAUGGCCGGUACACCUUUUGCUGACCCGGACCUCCUCCUCGCCCUCAAUUCCUUCUUUAUAUUUGGAUCCAUCCUUUUUGCCAUCCUAAUCCUAUUUCCGACUUUCGUGUCCCUUCGCGCUGAUCACAAAGUGGCAUGGUCUUGGGGUGUAGUUGCAAUCCCACUUUUUAUUGUCGACGCCAUUGUAGUGCUGGGCGUCCUGACUGCGCCAGCAGGUGACGAAGAUGGUUAUGUUGAGCUGGAUGAUGUGGAAGAUGACACCGGAAAUUACAGCGGAGGUUUCAAUGAAGAUCGAUCAGAAAGGAUUUUGAGAAGAGAGGAGAUGAAAGCAAGGAGACGGAAGCAAGGGGCAUGGAGGAAGUUGGUGAGACUAGCAGUAGUGGGCUUGGUCAUUGCCUUCCAGAUUUUGGUAGUCUUGAGACUUGAUGGAAAGCUUUCUUGGAGCUGGGCUGCAGUCUUCGCCUCCUGGUUUGCGGUCGAAGUAUGCAACUUGGUCAUGGUCUCGUACGACCUUGCGUCGUGGCUUCGAAAGGGUGUGCCCGUUACACCCUUUGCUCCAAACAGUGAUCCCGAAUCACAGCAAUUUACACCCACACGUCCACUAUCCUCAGAAGAGAAGAUACUCCUUGCGGUGGAUGCUUACGAUCUGUCCGUUCUGCGAAUUUUGCAAUGCGUCCUACUCGUACUCAAACUCGACGACAUCAUCGCCUGGGAUUGGCGCAUUGUCUUCCUACCAACUUGGAUCUGGGGAAUCUUGCAGCUCACACUUCUUAUCUUUGAUUAUAUCCGCAUCCGCCGUCUCGCAGCAACUGAACUGAGUGUUCGUCCCGAGCUUCGAGCAGCAUUCUAUGCUCGCCUCGUCGGAUUCUGUAUACUUGCGGCGGUAUUCUACUCUGGCAUAGGGUUGCUGGUAGUAAGGCUGCAAAACGAAUGGCAGGGUGUGCACGGCAUUCCACCUGCGGCUGUGGUGCUUAUACCAGUAUUUGUGGUCCUAUCUUUGGCAUUAUGUUGCUUGGGAUGUUGUAUGCCAUGUGCGGUUACUGCUCUGAAGGAUGGCCUAUAUAGAAACGGACCCGGGUCGCCAUUUGGGGAUUUUGCUACGAACCGGGCGUCCAACGGACAAGAACCUCCUAGCGAUGGUUCAAGCAGCUCUUGACCGGGCAGUAAGAUCGGCUGUUUGUACAUGUAUAGUAUGGCAGACAUCUAAUUUUCAGCUGCUGAUGUUUGUACCUUAUAUUUGAAUUGUAAAUUUGUGCUUUUGUACGCUAUGAUGCUAUGAUGAAUAAUUUGACUAGUCUAUGAGUGAA